AUGGCGGGCCGUAAAUCGACAAAAAGUCGUCGAGUAAGUGCGGAAGCCGAAAAAUCACAACCAAAGCAAGGACGCAAAUCUGCUGGACGGAAUGUGUUGAAACUCUCAACAGAAACCGACAUAGGACUCGAAUUAAUUGAAACCGCAAACGAUAUAAAAGAAAAUAUUCCCGAACGUUCAAAACGCGUGACACGAAGUUCGAAAAUCGCUUCGCAGCCCGAUAGCUCAUCAGCUUCUUCAUCAGAUAAAAGGAAGCGCCGAAACCCAGGGCACGGUCCUCCCGCGAAACGCAAAUCAAUCGAGAAAACGGAACCGAAAAUGAGGAAUCGUGUACAAACUUCGUACACGGUGCCGAUGCUGUCGAGAACGCGCGGUGCGCCGAUUAUCGAAGAAGACGAGGAUGAUGAGGAUAGCGACGAAUCACCGAAAAUCGAGGAAUCGUUGGACCUCGCGCCACUGCGUAUUGCCUCCGUUGACUCGGAAACAUUUUCGCUGAUGGUUGAUGAUUCGACGGAUCGAUCAUCGGAUAGUGAUGGAGACGAGCUUUUCGAUAAGGAGAACGAGCUGGAUCUCGAGAACAGCAGUUUCGCCGCGAUGCGCGAUCGCCUCAAUGAUGUGCAGCCGAUAAAACCGCCGAGCGCGUUGCUACCCAACAAAUUGCAUGGAAUCGGGUCGCCGGAGAAGGUUUGGUCCCUUAUGGUGUCUCGUGAUGACAUCUCAAGAGCGUCGAAGUGCCUUCUCAACAAUCAUCCAGAUUUAAGCUUCAACAUGCGAGCAGUCUUGUUGGAUUGGCUCAUGGAGGUUUGCGAAUCGGAAUACCUUCAUCGUGAGACGUUCCAUCUCGCGGUCGACUAUGUCGACAGAUUCUUCGAAUCAUCGAUUAUGACUGUCACACAGUACUCGUUCCAAUUGGUUGGAACCGCGGCGUUGUUUGUUGCCAGCAAAUAUGAGGAGAUCUAUCCGCCGAAAUGUCGCGAUUUUGCGAAUUUGACGGAUGGCGCGUUCAGUUGCGAUCAGGUGCGACAAAUGGAAGUGUUGAUCACGAGAGCCCUCGAUUUUACGCUGGGACCAAUUACUAGCUUACAAUGGAUGUCGAUGUAUCUGCAAUUGUUGUGCUCAAAUAAGAAGGUUGGCGAGGAUGAGCAUGUUUGCGAGAGCAACUAUUUUGUGCCGGAAUUGAUGCGCGAGGAUUUUAUUCAUAUGGCAAAGAUUCUCGAUUAUUUGCUGUUUGAGGAAGAUUCUCUUCAAUACACUUAUCGCACAAUCGCCGCUGCGGUGCUCUUCGCGUGCUACGAGCCGAGAAGCGCUGUUGAAAAUGCAACAGGAUUCAUGUUUGAUCAGCUUCUUCGCGUUAUUGAUUAUGUUGAUCCGGUGGUGGUGGUGUUUGAUAAACUUCGAGCCGCUGGUGACCCGCUUCCGACGAAUGAUCGAAUUUCGCCCGAUGACGUUCACAAUAUUCAGAGUUAUUUCAAAUAUAAAGAUGUUGAAAAGCUUGUGGGCAUGAAGUUGCUGGCGAUGCAGAGCGUCGGCGAGAGCACCGAAGAAUGCCCGGCGUCGGCCGUCUGCUACAACAUGUCGACAUCGGCGUACGUCGGAUUGGUGAAUGUCGUGAAGGCCGGAUGCUCAACAUGGAGAUGUAUGCUCGCCAAAGAUACGUGCAUCUUCACCACGUUCCAGGCGAUUCCGGUCAGCCUUUGCUGUUGCAGCUAUGAUCGAUGCAAUGUUGGCGGAAAUCCGGUGUAUUCGGAUAACCCGCGUCAAAUUCAAGGCAUGUCCGAUAAUGGCGGAGGCGGCGGUUGGGGAAAUGGAAAUCAGAAUGCGAACAACAACGGAUGGGGAAAUAACAACAGCCCUCAAACCAAUCAGCAGCAAUACAAUUAUGGCGGGCAAUAUUCGGCGAGAGACGAUCAAAUGACGCGUCAGACGGUCGGCAGCCAAAGCGCGACGCCGUCGUUGUCGCCGAAGCAGAUCGAGGAGGUGUUCAAGAAGGAGAUCGAUGAUCGCGGCGAUGAGAUUAUGCUCGAAGACGAUUUUCGAAAGAUCGACAAAAAUUACAAAUCGCAAACGCUGAAUAAAAAGAAGGAGAUGGAGAAGCGGCCGAUCGGAGCCGCCGAGCCGCCAAAAAAUUCCGGAAUUAAUAAUAAUAAUAAUCAAAACACGAAGAAGGAUAUUGGAAAAGAGAUUCAAAUCUAA